GCCAAUACUAAAAGGCUAAAAGUAUUUGAGCCAGAACGUGUUUGGUAUUCCUUCGAGUAAUCCUAAGUAUUCCAAAUAGUUGUGAUCCCGAAUUAUGACGACAAUGAUCACCACUUUGAUGGCGCGAACGGCGGCGGUCACGAUGACGGUCUACAUGACGAACCGCAUGGGUGUUUGGGGCAAGACGGAGGAGACGGACAGGCUGCUGCAGCAGAUCACCACGGGUCUCCAGCCGUUGGUCGGACUUUUGGGCCGCGUGCUGCGUUUCGAGCCGAGUGACCUCAGUGCAGGCGAACUGGCCAGGGAAUACUACAAUCAAGGUGUCAAGGGUACCUUCCAACUCAUCCGCAACCUACCCAAUUACUCGGAAGACCUGGCCGAUGGGGCCAAGGUCGCCUGUCUGGAGCUGGUCGAAAAGGCCAAGGAGUUGCGCCACCAAGGCAAUGGCUGGUGGAGUAUUUCCAUGGAAAAGUCCAAACUGGUGGAUCCUCCUGCUGCCGGCGAUGGACCAUCAUCCCACGAAGUUAUUCUUAUCGAGCGGCCGGGGGAUGUAGAUGGCUUUGCUGGCGAUGGCAAAGUUGUCCUCAAACCGAGGACAAAGUGAGGGAUUAGACACCAACAAAAUCUAAUUCUUAAAUUUUUAUGUAAAGUACGAGUAUUUAUACCGGGA